AUGCACACGCCAACUGCGUACGAGCAAACUUUUUUGUGUGUGGUCGAAGAUGGACUGCGCCUCUGCACAAGCCCAACAUGCCACCAUGCACAACAUACUACUGCUGCCGUUCACCUGUCGCCGUCCUUCCACGUCUACCUGUCCAUGACACAUGCUGCCACUUGAUGCGGCAACAUCUGGGAACAACACGGACACAGGGAGUACCCCCGUACCCAUACGCACAACUUCUCAUUCCUCAUUCCUCCCUUGUCAAACACAAAUGAUGUAACAUGCAUGAAAUGAUGAACUCUGUCUAUAUUUACAAGUAUGGUCCACGCUGCCUACAAAUGGGAGAGGUAGCCAUACCUCCUGCCUACACACUGACGAGAGAGGUGAACACACCCACUGCAUUUAACACAAACCCACAUGUCGGUUAUGAAACCUCAUCAACCACACGCCUCUAUCGGCGACCACGUCAUCAGGAGGCAAUGAUGAGAAAUGUUCUCCCGUGCCCUUCUCACAUUUAACGACAUGAAAUUCCACAACAUAACAUAUAUGAGACACACAAGACAGCUACCAAACUGAUUUGUUGAGCCUGUUACCCACAGGGGAGAUGUCCCUAUAUGCUGUCUGGGAAAUCGUUGACACACAGGUAGUUUUC